AUGUGCGAACGUGUCCGGUCCGAUCGUCGCAAAUCUUCCAUUUCACUCGGGCUCGGUCACCGCGCGCUUCGGAGAGGAAAUAGCACGCUCCAAAGCACGCGACUGCGUAUCGGCUACUCCCGAAAUAGUCCCCCCGCGCGGGGUGCCGGCCAUCGACGUGCUUUUAGUAUGCUGCGCGCAUGCGACACGCCCGCACCCUUCCACGCUCCUGUGGAUAUCACUGUUAAGGAGCUGAAAAAUAAAAUAAAGAACAUACGGUCGUCGUAUAGUGUAGAGUUGAAGAAAAUUCGCGCGGCGCGGAAGGCUGGCGCGCAUGCGUACCGGCCGAGCGUCACGUGGUUCGAGCACGCAGACAGGUUUCUGAGGGCGAUCGUCACUCCGAGCUCCAUCGACAACAGCCUCCUCGAAAUACCGAUGAGUGACGACAGUGACGUCGUUCAGGAUCUCAGCGAACGAAAAUCGCCGGAAAAGAAAAGUCCGCGAAAACGUCGGAGUUCUACGCGGUCGUCGACUCCAUACGUUUUAAACACGCCGUCCCCACGCCCAAAUACGCCUUUCGGGCUAAAUCAAACUUCGUCCCCGUUUGGUAUCCUGCCGACCUCGACGUCCGCCCCAUUCCUUAAUCCCCCCGUCGGUAUAGCAACGCCUUUAACCACUUCGCUCGCCACAAUUUAUCCUGUACCGUCAAAACAAAAAAAGAGUUUCGACGAUCGGAGCGACCAGUCGGAAACACCGCAGGAUUUGAGUCAGCAUUCUGAGAAUGGGAACGAAAACGAAUUCGAAAUGUUUGGCAAAUUGAUAGCGAGUCAGCUUCGCAAAUUGCCGUUAAGCCUGGCUCUUGACACGCAACUAAAGAUUCAAACUUUAGUGAACGCGGCGCGAAUACAGGCCGUUUACCAGCAGUACAGCUACGCGGGCCCGUCGCAGGAAGCUCUGUCAGUGCAAGCACUUUCAAACGGUAUAUUAGCAAGCAUGGCCUCGCAAAGCCCGUAUGCAUCGCGAUCCGUAAUGGACAUGAGAAAUGAUUCGCCCGACGAUUUGAAUAGAGAUCUCAAAACUGAGUAUUUGGGGUCUGAAAUAGAAGAU